AUGGCUCUGGCUGCUCGAGCUACCCGCCAGGCCCUUCGGGCUGCAAAGGCGGCUCCCUCUCGCGCAGUGGCAGGCUCUUCUCGAUCCUACUCUUCCGCCGCGGAAUCUGAGCUCAAGAGCGUCCUGAGAGAAGCCAUCCCCGCCAAGCGUGCCCUGCUCAAGCAGCUGAAGGAGCGCGGCGAGGAGAAGAUCGGCGAUGUCACAGUCGCCAGCGCCAUUGGCGGAAUGAGAGGUCUCAAGGCCAUGGUCUGGGAGGGCUCUGUUCUGGACGCCAAUGAGGGCAUUCGAUUCCACGGCCGCACCAUCAAGGACUGCCAGAAGGAACUUCCAAAGGGCACUUCCGGCACCGAGAUGUUGCCCGAAGCCAUGUUCUGGCUGCUUCUCACCGGCCAGGUCCCAACCACUCCUCAGAUCCGCGCCUUCUCUCGCGAGCUUGCCGAGAAGUCCCAUCUCCCCAAGCACAUUCUCCAGAUGAUCAAGUCUUUCCCCAAGGAUAUGCACCCCAUGACCCAGCUUUCCGUCGCUGUGGCCGCGCUCAACACGGAAUCCAAAUUUGCCAAAAAGUAUGCUGAGGGCAUGAACAAGGCCGAUUACUGGGAGCCAACCUUCGACGACAGCAUUUCGCUCCUGGCCAAGAUCCCCCGUGUUGCCGCUUUGGUUUUCCGCCCCAAUGAAGUCGACACCGUUGGCACUCAAGAGCUCGACAGCGCCCAGGAUUGGGCAUACAACUUCGCAGUCCUUCUUGGAAAGGGCGGCAAGGAGCACGAGAGCUUCCAUGACGUUCUCCGCCUCUACCUUGCGCUCCACGGAGACCACGAGGGUGGUAACGUCUCCGCUCACGCCACUCAUCUUGUCGGAAGCGCUCUCAGCGAUCCUUUCCUCAGUUAUUCCGCUGGUCUCCUUGGUCUUGCCGGGCCCCUCCACGGAUUGGCUGCCCAGGAAGUUCUCCGAUGGAUCCUCAACAUGCGCAGCGCCAUCGGCGACAACUUCAGCGACCAGGAUGUCAAGGACUAUCUCUGGAAAACUCUGAAGUCUGGCCAAGUUGUGCCCGGCUACGGCCACGGCGUUCUUCGAAAGCCCGAUCCUCGCUUCGAAGCUCUGAUGGACUUUGCCAGCACCAGACCCGAAAUCAUGGGCAACCCCGUCUUCAACCUCGUCAAGAAGAACUCCGAAAUCGCGCCUGGCGUCCUCACUGAACAUGGCAAGACCAAGAACCCUCACCCCAACGUUGAUGCCGCCUCCGGCGUUCUCUUCCACCAUUAUGGCUUCCAGGAACCACUAUACUACACCGUCACCUUCGGUGUCAGCCGUGCCCUCGGCCCGCUCGCCCAGUUGAUCUGGAGCCGCGCCCUCGGUCUGCCGAUUGAGCGUCCCAAGAGUAUCAACAUGCAAGGAUUGCUCGAUGCCACUAAAAAGAACUAG